AAGAGAAAUGGUGGGCAUGACAGGUUAGAUGAAGAGAAAAGAGGAGGCGAAGCUAAGGAAGAGGAACGAGGAGCUGGAAAGGGUGCUGAGGAAGAGGAACGAGGAGAGGGAGGAGCAGAUGAGGAAGGAGUUACAAAAGGCCUGGGAGAGGCUCAGAGUCGCCGAGGAGGCAGAGGAGACGCUCUGCUCGCAGCUCGGUGAGCUCGAGGCAGAGUCCGUCCACCAGGCCUGUGAGUACAACGCUCGUCUUCUCUCCCUCAUCGAUCAGCUCUCCCGUGCCACCCACCAGUCCGCCUCCGCUUGUUAGCAUCGGCGCGACGCCCAUCAUUUUCCAUCUUUCUGUGCAUUUGAGUCACUUUGCAGAUUUGGGUUGGUUGGCUCAAUUAAUAA